AGCGGCACCUCGGUGUACUCCCUCGCGGCGCGUUACGCGUUCUUCAGGAUACCGCGAUCGGCAGCGACGAGCGACCUAGUGAAAUUCGCGCGCGUCGGCACCGCGUUCCAUCCACGCGCCACGAGCCGCUCGUCGCGUCGCGUCGCGUCGCGUCGCCCGCUCGAGCGUCCGAGCGUCGCGGGCGCCCCGUGCUCCACUUUUCGCGCUUUCUUCGUGGCUCCGAACGCUCCGAACGUCCGAAUUCUGGCGGUCGCCGAGUAGCCCUCGCGGAGAUACGGUUCGGGCGAGAUCGCGAAACCGCCCGCCGCGAGGCGAUAGGAGAAACUUGCCGCGGUGUCGAAUCGCGACAGGACGUCUCCCUCGUUUGUCAAGUGCUAGGAUAGAUGUACGCCGUGUCGGUUGUGUGUGACGCGAGUCGAACGGCAGUGAGACGCGAGUGACGGAGCAAGGAUCCAUCGGCGAUCGCCGAUGCGGAGGAGUGCACACACGCUUGGCUGGCUCGCCCGCGCCGCCAUCGAUCGCGAAGGUCGAGGCUGAAGGUCGCGAGUCUCGGGGAGAUUCGUCACCUCCGGAGAUUAAUCCACGAAAUCCAUUCAUCGAAAGUCAGUGAUCUAACGUUUGUUAUCCCGACGUUGUCGAAGCGCGCGCUUUCCCCCUCGAAACGGGAUCACGGAUGUCGCGAGAGCCUCGUCAACGCGCUCCGCUGCUCUAACGUGUCCGGAGUGAAUCGAUGACGGACGAAAGGAGGAGAAUCGCGAUAAUCGUCAACGGCUCUCGUCGAUGCACAAUGUCGCGGCGCGAGCAGACACGUGACUGAGGCGGCGAGGAAUCCUUGUGCGGCGAGGGCCUUUGAGGGUCCUACCCGGGGAAUCGACAUCGGCGAAGAUAGGCGGGGGUGAUCGUCGCGGGAGGAUCGAGCUGGCAGCGGCUGGGUUUCGUUGCGACGCGAUGCUAGGAAUAACAAUGUCCUAGCGAAGGCAGGACCUCGUCUCUAGGCCGAUCCCCCUCAUCCUGAUCCACUUCUCUUCCAAAGAACCUACACACGCAGACAUACACCCCGUCGGUCCCGAUCAUCAACGUACACCCGUUUACACCGUCAUCGCGUCCCACUGUUACACGCGCGUUCGCGUUGCUACAGAUACAGAUUUCGCCGCACACAUGUAAUUGGCCGCGCGCGCAUAUACACGUACAUACGUAUAGAGAUUCGCGUACACGCGAGAAGAGGAUAAAAGAAAGGGAGACGUACACAAGUAGAUACAGACACACGUAUACGCGCGCGCGCUUUUGACGCCCCUGCUCCUUCUCUGCCUCUCGUUCUUCAUCGUCGAUCCCGCGGCGAGACCCAUCCGCGCGCACCCGCACCCAGGUACGACACGAACACGCGGACAGACACCGGAAGCGACACGUACAGGGACGCGCGAGUUUCCCGAAAUCAGCCAAGUCCAAAGUCCUUAAUCCUGUGGGGUGAUUCUGGCCCCGCCCAUACGCGAAGGAACCACACCCCAGCGAGAGAGCGAGAGAGGUAGAGGCGAAUUCAGGGUCCGGAUUUAGCAGGCUCCUCGGUGAUGAAAGCGACACGUUGCGGGGGUUGAAGCGGCUGCCGAGAAGGGCGAGGAAGUGGCGAGGUUUGUGAAAAUUGGCACCGAGGGCGUACGAUCCGGGCAGCGGUAGUAGUGGCGGAGCGGCAGGGGUACUAUGGGAACGGGGGUAUGGGGGGCGGAGGAGGGCUACAAGCCACGGACCUCCGGCGACGGCUCGAGUUCCAGUGUACCGGGGGAACUUGUUCGCAGGGUCUUCGGUCCCUAAGGCACGGCUAUCAUGUCACCGAGGAGAAAGCCGCGUGUGACGACCACGAGGACAGGAGGACUGAUCACGAGGCGAUCCUCGCUUCCGGUCAGCCCACCUGCACAGGCUGUCGAUCGUAUAGGCGCCAGGAGAACGAAGCGGUUGAAAAAAAGGAGACUGUGAAGCGACGCAUGCCCGAGACGAAUGAGAUUGGUUCGGUAUACCGGAAGCUGCGGCUUUGUCUGGGCCUUUUCGAGCACACGAGUAGAAAGGAUGAAGCGGACGAAGAUGACGGAGGAAAGAGGCAUCGGUUACGGUGGUGUCGCAGGGACUUUCGACGGAUCGUGGAAGUGGCGACGAGAGCUCUACUCCUUGGUAUCGCGCUCCUCGUCACCCCAGGACUCUGCCAACAGGACGCGGUGCACAUCACGGCUAUCCUCGGGGAGAGCGUUGUCUUCAACUGUCACGUAGAGUUCCCCGGUGAGCACCCAGUGCCCUACGUUCUCCAAUGGGAGAAGAAGGUAGGCGACACGGGGCAGGAGACACCGAUAUACAUAUGGUACGAGUCGUAUCCAACCCACAGUGGCGAAGGAUACGAAGGUCGCGUCUCGAGGGUGAGCGAGAACUCGCCGUACGGCCAGGCUAGCCUCAAUCUGACGAACAUCCGCGAGAGCGAUCAAGGAUGGUACAAGUGCAAGGUCGUCUUCCUCAACAGGUCACCCAACAGUCACAAGAACGGUACCUGGUUUCAUCUAGACGUCCACGCGCCACCCAGAUUCAGCAUAACGCCGGAUGAUAUGAUAUACGUGAAUCUGGGCGAUGCGAUAAUACUCAACUGCCAGGCUGAGGGUACUCCAACGCCAGAGAUCCUUUGGUACAAGGAUGCGAAUCCCGUCGAGCCCAAUGGUCGAGACGUCGGGAUAUUCAACGACGGCACCGAGCUCAGGCUCUCGACGAUCAAGACCGAGGACAUUGGCGAUUACACCUGCAUCGCCAGAAACGGGGAGGGCCAGAUCAGCCAUACCGCGCGCGUCAUUAUCGCGGGUGGGGCUGUUAUUACGUUGCCGCCGACAAAUCAAACGAAACUCGAAGGCGAAAAAGUGCAGUUCUCUUGCGAGGCGAAGGCUCUCCCAGGUAACGUAACGGUGCGCUGGUUUCGCGAAGGUGCCCCCGUCACGGAAGUUUCGGCCCUGGACACUCGAGUGUCCAUCAAGAUGGACGGCAGUCUGGUUAUCAACCCUGUUAGUGCCGAUGACUCCGGUCAAUAUUUAUGUGAGGUCACUAACGGCAUUGGCGAUCCUCAAACUGCUAGCGCCUACUUGAACGUCGAGUACCCGGCAAAGGUGACAUUCACCCCCACUGUUCAAUACCUGCCGUUCCGUAUGGCCGGUGUGGUCCAGUGUUACAUAAAAGCUAACCCGCCCCUGCAAUACGUGACCUGGACCAAGGACAAGCGCCUACUUGAGCCUUAUCAGACGAAGGACAUUGUUAUCAUGAACAACGGCUCCCUGCUCUUUACACGGGUCAAUGAGAAUCAUCAAGGUAGAUACACCUGCACGCCUUACAACGCCCAUGGCACGCAGGGCAGUUCGGGUCCGAUGGAAGUCCUCGUGCGGAACCCGCCAGUCUUCACCCUUGAGCCGGAAUCGGUGUACACGAAAAAAGUCGGCGAGACGGUCGAGAUGCAUUGCGACGCUCAAGAGGCCGAGGGAACGCAGAAACCAACAAUACAGUGGCAUCGGAGGGACGGUGGACCCAUCCAACGCGCCCGCACGAAGACCGUUGGCGGCAAUCUAACCAUAGAGAGCCUUCGACGCGCGGACUUUGGGUUUUAUCAGUGCAUCGCCUCCAACGAAGUCGCCACUAUCUCGUCCUCGACGCAACUGAUAGUCGAAGGCACGCAACCCCAUGCACCUUACAACGUGUCAGGCACUGCCACGCAAUUUUCGGUAACGCUAACUUGGUUACCAGGCUAUUCCGGUGGUCCUGAUUACAAGCAAGAUUAUACAAUCUGGUACAGAGAAUCAGGAACUUCGGAAUGGAAGACAAUCCCCGUGACUCCAUCGGGCAGCACGACGGUGACGAUCAACACUCUCAUGCCAAGCACGCUCUACGAGUUCCAGGUAAUCGGGAAGAACGCUCUGGGCGAGGGAAUGCUGAGCAAAGUCAUCACAAUCAGGACGCUCGGCGUUGCUCUGACCCACUCGGCCACCUCCGCGCCCGAUCAACCCGUCUCACCGGAAAGUGAUAUCCUUGAUUAUAAUACACUCGUAUUACCGACUGAUUCCACGGGAAAUCCCAUGCUUCCGAUAAUCAUUCGCCCAAAAGGACCAAAGCCAGGUACUCCCCGGAACCUUACGGUGACGGAAAUCAGCAACGGUUUCCUGAUAACCUGGCAACCUCCUAUGGAACGUAGCCAUCUUAUCCAAUAUUACACUAUCAAGUACAAGACGGACGGACCUUGGAAAACGCUCAACAAGGGCCAAAUACGACCCGAGGAGACCAGUUAUUUAGUGAAGAACCUGGUCGGUGGUAGGACCUACUAUUUCCAAGUGUUCGCCAAUUCGGCUACAAAUUUCGGCGUGAGCGAACAGGUGAAGUUUCCCGUGCCGGCUCGCGUCAAGCACAAAGCGAUCACCGCGGGCGUCGUAGGCGGUAUCCUCUUCUUCCUCGUCGCUAUCAUCCUCAGCAUAUGCGCGGUCAAGAUAUGCAAUAAACGGAAGAGACGAAAACAGGAGAAAGAACUGCUUUCAGCGUAUAAUAUGGUGGCCUGCCGGGUCACCGAUGCCAGGAACGGCGCAGGGCAGGGGCCCCAGGGAACAGUGCCUUUGAAAAAACCUAGAAAAAGCCGAGUACCAGGUUUAAGCCUCCUGAAGGAGAUCCUGAGUCCGGAUACCCCGGACUCGUGCCGCUGUCGUCCAUUGGGCAAGAUCUCGCGGGCGGCUGACGGCCGCUUCGUCGUUGCGGACUCGGUUCUCAGCUCGGCCAACAACAGCAUCCUGGAUGUCUCCAGCAGCGACGAUGGCGGUUUCCUACCGAAGCAGCGGCUCAAGUCCUCGUGGCGACGCCCGCUGGUCGGCAUCAGCCAACUCAGCCUGAGGUCCGAUGGCAGCGGCGUGUCGAUAGGUCCUUUGCCGUCAGCCUACCAUCACGGCGCGAUCAACUCCCUAGCGAGGAUACCACCUGUCAACGUUUGCGCGAUCGCGUCGCCCAGGUUUCUGGCCAGUUCGCCGAGCGGAGCCCAGGUGCCCUGGACCCCGCUGUAUUUCAGCGAUCUCAGCUCCGUCAAGCAACCAUCCUCCGGCGAACGUUCCUUCCCGACGCCGCCCGGUUACCUACAGCUUCGUAGCGUGCACCAGCGAUACAGCCAGGAGUUACCAUCGCUCAAGGCGAUCCACGCCGAGUCCAGGCGGUUCGUGCCCGUCCAGCCGUUGGCGACGUCGUCGCCGCCGCAACCGGCCGGACGACCAAGAGCGAGGCUGCCGCCGAGGCACGCCAGACAUGCCCGAUCGGCGCCGGAGCUCGCGGCUUCGCCCGACCUGGAGACCUCGCCCGAGAGCAGGUCGAGCAGCUCCGGUUUUGGCAGUAAAAACACCUCGCAGCAGAAUCAGAGCUCGAGAAGCGGCAGCACGGUCGCCGAAUGGCGACCGCCGCCCUACAGGCCGCCCCCGCCGCCCCUGGUGGGUCGCUGGCUCGAGCUUCAGGAUCAGGCCAAGGUGGGUCAUACGCACAUACAAAACGCCGUGGACGCCGGCAGCGUCGACGGCCAUUACGAGUUCGAUCCGGUGUCGUGCACGCCGACGCCCACGUCGGCCUCGACGCCCACGCGGGAGGAGAGACCGCCGAUGCAUCAGAUCCACGCCAUUCACGUUCCCCACAUCCAUCAGGUGCACACGGUACAUCAUCAAGCGCCGAGGUACAGCAGGCAAAACAUAGAGGCCAGAGUACAAGCGAUGAAGGCGGAAUUUCAUCAGUUUCGGCAACGACAGGCGAGAAGAAAGCAGAGCGCGCACUUGGAAAGCGCGUGUUGAGGUAGUGAAAAAGUUGAAGCAGAUUUUUCACGAUUGAUCGGUGGAUUAGAGAUUCCGCUGAUCAAAACUGUGAUCAAUGAGCUAAAAUGAUUUGGAUAGUAGCAUUCGUGGCAAAGUUAAUGUUACACGAUAACUUGUCGUCGAGUUAAUUCAAGUUACGAUACGACAGAUAUAAUGGUGACAGAGCAGUGGUCAUUACGGAGGAAGAAACAAUCUAAGACGUGAAUGAGAUGUGAGACAAGAGGGAAUAUGAGACUUGAUGGUACUUUAAGAGCUUGAUGAGACAGAAAGAGAGAGAUAGAUUAAAAUCGAGAUUGAACAGAGAAAGCUAGAUUAAAAUUGCGAUUACAAAGAAUUUCAUACUGGCUUUUAUCUACCACGACGACGAUGUGAUCAUCACCGAAGACCAACCACCGCAGCACAACGAGGAUCAUCAUCACACGUGAUUCCGCAUGAGAGGAGUUUAAGUCAAUUCUAGUAGCUGGACAUCCACCUACGAAAGAAGGCUGUUAUAAGCAUCAGCUUAGGAUACAUAAGUUUCGCACGAGACCACGAGACAGGAGCGACGUAGAAGAACGUCGUUAUAAGACGAUAAUCCCUUCGGAGUCUCGCCCGUUUACCGAUUAAGAGGACCGUCGAAUAUAUUCUUCGGGGGAAAUAAUCUCGAUAUCAUUUACCCAGCGGCGCUCCGCGACAUCGAUCGCGCUGGGACGAUAAUAUAGAAACGAAGUGCGAAAAAAAAAUAAAAAUAAAAAAAAAAACGAAAACGUUCGCGAAUCCGAUUAUUAUUGGUCAUAUCCCGCGUACACCAACCGCGCCUACGUCCGGUUUAGAGGACCGUGAUUUUUAACGUUACUAUAUAAUAAUGUAGAGGAACAUACUGACAAGUUUACACAAGGAUUAUAAAUAAAGGGAGGACAUUUCUUUUUUUUUUUACUCAGUGGAACUGUCCUAGAGCUAGGAAGAGUGCGUAAAAGAUGAAAACACUCCCGGCUGGCUCAAAGGGAUGCUAAUAUGUAGCGAGAUGUCGUCCGAGAUCGCGAUCGAUCCGGCCGAAAGACGAAGAGACGAAAGAAUGCGAGAAGGGAAAGGAAAGGAAAGGAAACGGGAAAGGAUAGUUACAUGCGUCGGCAUGAUACUCCAAAGAAACUGUACCACUGUACAUGCUCCGUAUACCUUUUAAACGAAAUGUAAGGUUAAAUUUAAUCGUACACUGUAAGUAAUAAUUAAAAACGAAAGAGAAAAACAAAAAAGUAAGAUAAUCGAAGAAUUACCACAAGUACACGAACACACGUACACACACAGACAGACAGACACACGAAAUAAAUAAUUAUAUCGAUGAGCAAUGGACUCGAAACGUGAUAUUAGGCCGAAGCUUGCCUCGAGAUUGCUUAAGGACUCACUCGUACUGCACUGCCUGUUUAGGGUUUCGCUAGCGACCCAACAUAUUAUCGGCACAAUAAUUUUUCUUAAGCAACGUAAAACGAGAAUAAGAAUAACGUUCUAUGAAUCUAACGCGCGUUCGGCCGGUAUAGCGCGAAAAAUUGCACGCGCACGCUCGUCACGCGUGCCACGAACGCUGGGUGACACGCUGAUCAUCGCCCAUCGGCAACUCCGGAGUCUACCGGUCGUCCUUUUCGAUUAGAUUAGCGAUGCGAGCGCGUUCGAUGAACGACGUCGCGAUCGGACUCGAAAAAGAAAACAAAAAAUAUAAUAAAGAAAAAUCAUAUAUACGAAAAAAGAAGAAUCUUUCUCUCAACGAACUGCCAAUAAAGGAGAUCCGACCGUGCGUCCGAUCCAUCUCGUGCGAAGCGUUGACGUUGAAUAUAAAUAAGUAAAAUUAAAAUAUUUAAGCGGAGAAGAGCGACCGAUAGAGACACGCGACCAUCGUCAGCCGGAAGGGGCGUGCGCGUGCACACACACGCGCCGAUCACGCCGGAGUACGUGUGUGUGUAUUAGAGAGAAAGAGAGAGAGAGAGAGAGCGAGAGAGAGAGAGAGAGAGAGAGAGAGGGAGGGAGGGAGAAAAGGGAGUUAUAUAGAACACACGCGACAAACGUACACACUCACUCACCCACACACAUGACAGCAGCAUAUAAAUAUAUACGCGUCAGACACACACCCACACAUGCAUAUACACGUACACAUAUACAUAUACACAUACACGGAAUACGAGAGAGGCGUUCUUCGAGACCCACCUAAUUCUCACCAAACGCAUCGGAUCAUCUCGAGUCUCGUGAGAUCGGGGGCCGGCGAUCGCCGAUCGAGGGGGUUUUCGGGGCGAAUCUACGGGCUAAUCAAUGUCGAGCUGCGCGACCUAACGCGAGAACGUGUCCCACGUGUUUGCGGACACGUCCACGAUAAGGAGGGACCGGCGGCGCACUCGCGUUUCCCUUUCCCUUUUUUUCUAAACUCUCUACAUAAGGGCGACCGUGAAAAGCUCCCCGCGUGGAAUCGCGAUCGGCCCGGCCCGCGACCCCAGGCGUUUUACUUUCUUUAUAGUACAAACACUUAUUUAUAUACGUACGCAUAUUAUACAUAUUUAUUAUAAAUAUUAGCAAGGGCCCUACACUCUCACGAUUCAACUAUACUUCGACGAACCGUAAUGGCGAGGAGAGGAAAAAGGAAGAGGAAGAUGACGAGGAAAGAAAGAGUGGCGCGAAUGCCACGUCGAGACGCUCUGUACAAUUUCGUUAAAAUAUGCAUAUAUGCAUGCGUGCGUGCGUGAGUGCGUGCGUGGGAGAGAUGACGAAUGUUGCAGAAUGAGGCUGAGUGAACGGAGUGCGAGCGACAGUGGGUUAGAACGCGAGCAAAUGCGGUUGUUGAGACAAGACAAAGAAGCAUAAUGUAAUACACACACGGUCAUGCAGAGAUGUAACAAAAGGAUAAAAAAAAAAGAAUACGAUAAAAAGUUACGGAAUAACGGAGGUGACGCGAAAGAGUACCAAUAUUCUAAAGUAAUUCUAAUGGUUGAAUUAAUAAUUUGAUAAUUAAUUGAUAUUGUAAAUCGCGUAAACGAUGUAGCGUGUAGCGUAUUAAUCAACGAGAGCGACGAACACGGCGAGUAUUUAUUAAUUAUUAUAUCCGCGCGGGAAUAUUAGCGGGGGAGGUGGUACACUAAAGAAUCUCACAUCAUCGCGCUUUAAUCGCGAAAGAUCGUCGAAACUACGUUAUUAGCGAUAAACGUAUCGGGUGAGAUGCAUGUAAUGCUAAAAGAUGUAAGGGAAGAAAUAAAUUUUUCUCAAAUCGCAAACGUCCGCGCGCAUCGCGGACCCUGAGGAAACGCUUUCGGUAAAGUGGUGAUAAAAUAAAACGCUUUGUAAUCGUACACGAAAGAUACACCCUCUCCCCCUUCAACGAAUGAAUGGAUGCGACAAAAAGGAAGAAUCGUGUAUGCGAGAGAAGAUCCAACCGGUAUAUAGAUGUAUAAGUAACGUGUAGAUAUAUCAUAGUUGGAUACAACGAUCUCGAAAGAUCACGCUCUGUAUGGACGAUCGCGAUAAAUGUGCGAGUGAAUGAGAGGCGUAAGCGAAAAUGAGAGUGAGCGAGAAAGGAAGAGAGAAAAAAUAAAUGACGAGAAGAGUGUAAGAAAACGACAGAUCUUAGGGAGAGAAACUUGGACGAUCCUCCGCGUUAUCUUCGAGCCUAUCACGUAGCGCGAAAAAAAAAAUGGCUCGAACGACA